AUGACGAUGGAAUCGCGUGAGCUGUUUGGAGUGUUUGAAAUGCCUAAGAACUAUGUCUUUGGUCGGAUACUAACGGACUUUUCUUGUUAUCCACCGAGCUGCACUAAAGUGUUACUACGGCUUUGCAGCUUUAGCUCACAGAACUACAACCAAGUUGACCUCAAUCAAUGGACUAGCGGGAUAAGCACAAUGGCAUCAAAGCGCAGACCUAGUCUCAGAGUUGUUUGUGUGAUGUUCAGGACAAGUUCGGCAAGUACAAACACUUAUAGGCUGCUACCAGGAUCAACCUUGCGAGUGCGGUGA